CGACAGCGAGCAGAGCAAUAAGAAAGCUGAGAACGGUGAGGGUUCUUUCCCUUCAAAACUGCAGUUAUUUCCCAAUCAGGCGCUGUCGUCUUCCCCGCUCCUCCUGGCCGGCCAAUGCGGAGGUUUCCAACAUUAGAGGUGUAGUUACACAACAGAAUUGGGCAACGCUCGCAUUCCCCCAUCGAUAAGCUUAUCACCAUGGAGGGCCACCAUGGAGGGGCGCGCUAUGUGGGGGGUUCAAUAGGGUCUCAAUGGGUGAGGAGUAGCUAGCACAAGCAGAAACCCGAACCCCACAGGAUAGUACCGUCAUGAUGGGAAUCGGUGUCUACCCGUUUUCCCCCUUCUCUUCUGUUUCCCCUCUUCCAACAACAUCUCCUCCUCCUUCCUCCCCCCUCUACUCUUCUCACAACCACUGCUGCCCCCAGUUCAGCUCCCCUCGUCGGCUAUCCCAGGACCUAGGGGCGCAAGGCAGGCCCCCCCAUCAACUGGCGGAAUGGCUCGUCUCAACUUCCUCCGCUCUCCCAAGCUCAACGUCCCCCCUUUCCUCCGAGCCAUCCCGGUGCCAGCCCUCCGGCUGAUCGGGCUCCUGAUAGUCGUCAACCUCGUCGUCUGGGCCGCGUCGGGCGUGGUGCUGCGCUACAACCCCAAGCUGAUCAGCUCGGCCGUGCUCUCGUACACGCUCGGCCUCCGGCACGCCCUCGACGCCGACCACAUCAGCGCCAUCGACCUGAUGACGCGCCGCCUGAUCGCCGCCGGCCAGCGGCCCGUCUCGGUCGGCACCUUCUUCAGCCUCGGCCACUCCACCAUCGUCGUCGUCACCUGCGUCGUCGUCGCCGCCACCUCGGGCGCCCUGCGCGACCGCUUCGACAACUUCCAGCGCGUCGGCGGCAUCAUCGGCACCAGCGUCUCGGCCGCCUUCCUGCUGCUCCUGUGCGCGGGGAACGGCUGGGUCCUCUGGCGCCUCGUCCGCAGCCUCAAGGAGGAGCUGGCCCUGCAGCGCGCCGUGCGCGACGGGUCCAGCGACGCCGAGGGGGCGGGCGACGACGACGAUGAUGAUGGCGGCCGUGGCGCGGCGGGUCAUCUGAGGCUCGAGGCCGCCGGGUGCAUGGCCACGGUGUUCCGGAAGGUGUUCAAGAUCGUCGAUCGCCCCUGGAAGAUGUUCCCCCUGGGCGUGCUGUUCGGGCUCGGGUUCGACACGAGCUCCGAGAUCGCCAUCCUCGGCAUCGCGGGUAUCCAGGGCGCACAGGGGACGAAUAUCUGGGUGAUAUUGAUCUUUCCGAUUCUGUUUACCGCCGGCAUGUGCCUCCUAGACACCACCGACGGGGCGCUGAUGAUGGCCCUCUACACGAACAAGGCAUUCGCGAGGGACACGGUGGCGAUCCUGUACUACUCCAUCGUCCUGACCGGCAUAACCGUCUUCGUCGCGGCCUUCAUCGGCAUCAUCCAGGUGCUGACCCUGGUGGAGAACGUCGCCGAGCCCGAGGGCUCGUUCUGGGACGGCGUCAGCGCCAUCGGCGACCACUUCGAGAUCAUCGGCGGGAGCAUAUGCGGCCUGUUCCUGCUGGUCGGCCUCGGCUCCGUCGUCGUCUACAAGCCGUGGCGGAGGAGGAUGGACAGGAGAAACAGCGGCGCCGUCGUGGCCUCGGACGAAUCAGAGGAGGCCGCGCCCGGCCUUGCCGAGGCUUCGGGGACGGCUCCGGAUCGCAAAUCGGCCCUGGAGAAUAUUUCCGAGCGGCCGGCGGCCUAACAAGUCUCAAGGGACUUUUUGACACAAUAAACGCGCUGCAGCACGAGCCUUCCUUAACUUGCAGUCGUACUUAAAAGGCCUUAUGUAGGUACUCCGUACAUAUGUAGGCAAAAUGCGAUGAUCAUUCGGUCAUCACCCCAAUCAACCUUGGCCUCGACAGACAUCUCCCCUGCUCCUUUAAGGGAUAAAGCGACGUCCCCUGCGGAGAACGCAGUCCUGUCCACGCUGGCCAGAUAUUCCGAGUCUAGGCCAUCGGUUUCCCCAAGGGAGAAAGGGGGCCAAAAAGGGAGGGAAAGCCCAGUCCCCACUUCCCGGCCUGCCCCGCCGCGGUUUCGGAAUCCGGCGCUAUCCGGUCACGGGGAUCGCCUCGCU